AUGAAGCCUUUGCCUCAGAUCCUCACUGGGCUGGAGUGGUUCUGGGUUCCCUCCCUACCCCAACCCGUGGGAUAUCUAGACUACUUCCAUUUUGGAACACGGGUGGUGGUGGCCCAAGCUAUUUUCCAUGCUCUUGAGGAAAUGGACCAAUAUCUCCCCAGGACUUUUUCUGGUAUUGGGAUCAUUGAUGUGUUGUUCUUAAUUUCAGGGCACAAUACCCAAGGUAACACCAUACGUUGAAGAUCAGGCUGGGGUAUGUAUCGAAGGAGACGUAUCAAUCUGACUGAACAUAUCAGUUAUGACAUUCAUCCUUCAUCCCACCGGCAACAAGAUGGAGAUCCUGCAACAAGUGAUGCUCUCAUGGACACCCGAGUAAGAUACAUGCCCUAUGCUGUUCCACACUAUCAUCGGAGAGCCUAUUUUCAGAAAUGGAACCAAAGCCAUGUUAACACAGAAAGAGAGCAAAAUCCUCCGGAGAAAAAAAUGGAGAAGAGGCAGGAUGAGACCUCAGGAACCUGGUUCAAGAUCAUUAUUCCAUUCGGCAUAAAAUAUGAUGAGAAGUGGCUACUGAAUUUGAUUCAGAAACAAUGCAGCAUCCCCUUCACUCCAACUGAAUUUCACUAUGAGAAAAUGCAGGCCCAGUUCUUUGUUGAGAAUGCAACCAUUGCCUUUGCACUGAAGAAUAUCAACGGCAAGAUUCGGGAUGAGGAUAAUGAGAUGAUAUCUAUCUUUGUCAGCCCCUCUGAUGUGCCUCAGUCUGUGCAGAAGGAGCUGAAGUCAGAAAAGGAGAAGGAGGUAAAGGUAAUGCAAACUCAAGACCAGCUAUCAUCUUGGCUCUCUUUCUCAGGUCCAUAUAUUUCCUCCCCAUAAUCACAGGUGAAGUCAGCAGGGGAAUUGGACCAGGGCAAAGGGCUGGAUCCAGAAGAGAUGAGUGCAAACAGAAACCCACUAUGCACCACCUUCCCAGAUAAUUCAACCAACAUAAGCUCCAUCCUGGAACUCUUCCCCAAGUUAUUAUGCCUGGAUGGCCAGGAGCCACACCCACCAACUAAUCUGGGGAUUGAAGCACACCAGAAGUUACCAACCUACAGGGGAAGCUUCUUUGGAUCUGAUGUAGUGAAGAGUCUAGUGCUGCCAUUUCUGCAGCAGUAUUACAUGAUCUAUGACUCUGGAGACAGACAGAGUCUCCUCGGUGCUUAUCACGAUGAGGCCUGCUUCUCCCUGACCAUUCCUUUCAACCCGAACGAUCCAGACCCAAGCAGCUUGUUCGAGUACUUCAAAUAUAACAGGAAUAUGAAGAACCUCAAGGACCCCAACCUGCGCUUUCAGCUGCUGAAACAUACAAAACGUGACAUUGUGUGCUCCCUCAGUGUGUUGCCCAAAACUCAGCAUGACUUCAGCUCCUUCAUCUUGGACACGUGGUUCCAGUCGGAAAGCAUGAUCUUCGUCUGUGUCAACGGGGUGUUCAAGGAAGUGGAAGGAAGGUCUCAGGGUUCUGUCCGUGCCUUCAGCCGGACCUUCAUCGCUACCCCUGCCAGCAAUUCCAGGCUGUGCAUCAUGAACGAUGAACUGUUUGUGAGGGGUGCAACCCCCAGUGAUGCUAAGAGUGUGUAUUCCAUACAAGUGCCUGCCCCCACCUUCAGCUCCACGCCCACUCUCUCCAAGGAGCCGCAAGAAAUGGUGCAGGUUUUCUCCAUCAAGUCUGGGAUGAGCUUCCAGUGGUAUCAGAAGUGUCUUCAUGACAACCACUGGGACUACACCACAGCUGCACAAGUGCAUGCUCUGCCCAAGGCCAAGUACAAGAUGCCAGAAGAGACCCUCCCACAGGAUGAUCCAUGA